CGAUCCUCCUGCCUCAGCCAACCAAAUGCUGGGAUGACAGGUGUGCGCCACCACGCCCAGCUCCAACUUCCUUACAUUUUGAGGAGCCUGAAGCCCCAUUGGAGCCCUCUCAAGACAUCUUGUCCCCCAGGCUUGGGAGAUCUUCUGUGACAGGUGUUAUUGAGUUCUCACGUCCUAAUCCAGACUCAACCACCGCAAUGGAGUGCAAAGUCCUGCGUGGCCUUUGUCAGCAGAUGCUGCGACGGAAGGUGGUAGACUGCAGCAGGGAAGAGAGCCGCCUGUCCCGCUGCUUGAACACCUUUGACCUGGUGGCCCUCGGGGUGGGCAGCACGCUGGGCGCUGGUGUCUACGUCCUGGCUGGAGCCGUGGCCCGUGAGGAUGCUGGCCCUGCCAUCGUCAUCUCCUUUCUGAUUGCCGCGCUGGCCUCAGUGCUGGCUGGCCUGUGCUAUGGCGAGUUUGGUGCUCGUGUCCCCAAGACAGGCUCAGCCUACUUGUACAGCUACGUGACCGUGGGCGAACUCUGGGCCUUCGUCACCGGCUGGAACCUGAUACUCUCCUACAUCAUCGGUACUUCAAGUGUAGCAAGAGCCUGGAGUGCGACCUUUGAUGAGUUGCUGGGCAAACCCAUCGGGGAGUUCUCACGAAAACACAUGGCCCUGAAGGCUCCCGGGGUGCUGGCUGAGACCCCUGACGUAUUUGCUGUGAUCAUAAUUCUCAUCUUAACAGGACUUUUAACUCUUGGUGUGAAAGAGUCAGCCAUGGUCAACAAAAUAUUCACCUGCAUCAAUGUUCUGGUCCUGGGCUUCAUUGUGGUGUCAGGAUUUGUGAAGGGAUCCAUUAAAAACUGGCAGCUCACGGAACAGGAUAUCUUGAAUGCAUCCAGCCAUCUGUGUCUCGGCAAUGACACAAAAACAGAGAAACACGGUGUUGGUGGAUUCAUGCCCUUUGGGUUCUCUGGUGUCCUGUCGGGGGCAGCGACCUGCUUCUAUGCCUUCGUGGGUUUCGACUGCAUUGCCACCACUGGUGAGGAAGUCAAGAACCCCCAGAAGGCCAUCCCUGUGGGCAUCGUUGCAUCCCUUCUGAUCUGCUUCAUCGCAUACUUCGGGGUGUCUGCCGCCCUCACACUCAUGAUGCCCUACUUCUGCCUGGACACGAGCAGCCCCCUGCCUGAUGCCUUCAAGCAUGUAGGCUGGGAAGGUGCCAAAUAUGCAGUGGCUGUUGGUUCCCUCUGUGCACUUUCCACCAGUCUUCUAGGUUCCAUGUUUCCCAUGCCACGAGUUAUCUACGCCAUGGCUGAAGAUGGACUGCUGUUUAAGUUUUUGGCCAGAAUCAAUGAUAGAACCAAAACACCAGUAAUUGCCACACUAGCCUCAGGGGCUAUUGCUGCUGUGAUGGCCUUCCUCUUUGACCUGAAGGACUUGGUAGACCUCAUGUCCAUUGGCACUCUCCUGGCUUACUCUUUGGUGGCUGCCUGUGUAUUGGUCUUAAGGUAUCAGCCAGAGCAGCCUAACCUGGUAUACCAGAUGGCCAGAACAACUGAUGAGCUAGAUCAAGUCGACCAGAAUGAGCUGGUGAGCACCAGCGAUUCCCAGACAGGCUUUUUACCAAAAGCAGAGAAGUUGUCUUUGAAAAGCAUACUCACCCCUAAAAAUACAGAGCCUUCCAAAUUAUCUGGAUUCAUUGUGAACAUUGCAGCCAGCCUCAUAGCUAUUUUUAUCAUCAUUAUAUGCAUCGUGGCCGUGGUUGGAAGAGAGGCGCUGGGCAAAGGGGAGCUGUGGGCAAUCCUUGUGGUCACGGGAUUGACCCUUCUCAGUGCAGUGGUCAUGGGAAUCAUCUGGAGGCAGCCCGAAAGCAAGACCAAGCUUUCAUUUAAGGUACCCUUCUUGCCAGUGCUCCCCAUCCUGAGCAUUUUUGUGAACGUGUAUCUCAUGAUGCAGCUAGACCAGGGCACGUGGGUCCGGUUCGCAGUCUGGAUGCUGACAGGCUUCAGCAUCUACUUUGGCUAUGGGUUGUGGCACAGUGAGGAGGCAUCCCUGGCUGCUGACCAGGCAAGGACUACUGAUGGCCAUUUGGACCAGUGCAAAUGACCUGCAGCUCUGCCCACCGGAGGUGGCAGCAGCCCCAAGGGAUGGCUGGAGAGGACAGGAAGGUACCUCCCUCUCUCUACUGAUGCAACAGAAACCACGCAUAUCUGUGACACCUCCACUGCCACCAAAGGUGCAAGCAGCUGAACUGCAGCCUUAGCCACAGCCAGUGUGCCUGGCUGGCCCUGGUCCUGCAGCCAGGCCCUGGUCACCUCUGACAGCUCUCUGGCCCAGGGCAUCUGGCUGUGUCUGGUCACGUGUCUCCUCAUUUCCCUCUGAACAAAGAAAUAAACCCCUCCCCUCAUCAGCUCAACCUUGCUGCUGCACCCCUGGGCAGAAGGGAGAUCCCUUGUCUCCUUCCUUGGAAACAGACCUCCCUUCCUGGACUGCUCUGGUAUUGCAAAUGUACAGACCCCAGACCUUUAGCAGUCAUCUUCCCCUUCAUCCCUGAACAGCUGGCCAUAGAUCCAAGAUGAACAGAACCCCAGCUAUGCCAUACCCAGAGCCACUCCUGCCCUCUGAGUUGCUUCCAGAUGGGUUGUUAGGAUGGGGCCUCUCCCCAUCAUCUCCCCUCCAAGCAGGGCUUUGCUCUGACACGGUGAUAGGUGGAUAGCAUUCCGUAGCAUAGCAGCAGGGUUGAGGGCAGGUGAUUUGUCUUCUCAUGGAAGAGGGGAGGAUCUUGUGGGAGCAGGAGCAUGAAGGUGGGGGAGGGCUGACUGCUCACAUGAGCUUGCAUAAACUGGGGGCACUCUCUAGUCCUCUUGCCUCCAGGACUAGGACAAUUCCUGCUGCUUUUGUGUCUGUCACCACUGCCUGUGUAUUCUGAGUAACUGGAACACGAGUCUGUGUUUCUGUGGGACUGGUCUCAAGUUGGCAGAGCUGAAAACUCUGUUUUCCUUGGGUCUUUGCCAUUCAUUGAGUUGCAUGGGUCUUGGAAGAUUCUCAGGACAGGUGGCAGCUCAGUGUGAGAUCACGAUGUUUCUGGGCCCUGAUAUGGUCUUUGUGGCCUCUUACAUGUAAUGAAAUUGAAUCCUCCUGCUAGUUGCCAUGAAUCACUCCAGGUUAAAUUGGGGUUUAACAUUAACUUGAAAAGUGGCCAAGUAAUUAGGGUGUGUUUAGGGUGUGUGGCCCACGCGGGAGAUGACUUGUGGCCCUCUUGCUAGCCCUCUCAGGUGUCUGUCUUCCAAGUGCUGUGGCUUUGUGUAAACUGGUAGGAUUCUGUAUAGGACUCGCACCUCGUGCCUCCAUAGGCCUGGGAUCUGUGGGUCUAGCUGGGAUGCCAGUGUCCCUCUGUGGCUCCCUGUGUACACGUUGCACCCCACCUGCUUUCCUGUAGUUUGGGCGCAGCCCACAGCCAACACUAUGUCAUACACUCCUUGUAGAUUGAAGCCAUGGCAUAGGACAAAAUGGUUUGGAAGGGGUGAGGGAGAUAGCAUUUCAGAUGUCAUGGGGAGGAAAGUGCUGCUUCUGAAGCCUGGCUUUCCAUUUCGUCCCCGCCUAACCUUUGAUACAGUUAGCACUGUGGCACUUGCCUUCUUCCCUCUGCUGCAGAAGGUUCCUGGAGAGAAGUACACAAAUUAGUGAAAGUGGGCUGGGGAUAGAGAUCAGUGGCAGGCAAGGUUCUGGGUCUCACCCCCAGUGCCAGCAAAUAAAUGAGUCAAACAACCUAGAGGUCUGGGCAGCCAGGAGAGGGGGGCCACAUGGCCAAGAGCUGGGUCUUUGUACCAGACCUGGACCAACUCUCUGGAAGCUGUAUUCUAAAGAUCAUCUGUAUUUCAGAAGUAGUACCAUAAGCCGCCCCACCACCACACGCCCUGCCAAGCCUGGGUUUCCAAAGAAAGGUAUUUAAAUUUAUGUAGAUUGGUGCUGUAAAAUAUUUUGAUAAAUAUUAACUUAUUUUGUUGGGGUUUUAGUUAUCUGUUGUCUUCUUACAGCCUGCUAGCUAUUUGUUUGCCUGAUUUUUUGUUGUUGUUAUUUUUCUAUGCAGACAAAGAAAAUAUAAGGGAAAGAGGGUGUCCCGUGAGGUCUGUAGUGGAGAUUUUUGUUUUUUCUUCACUUUAAUUUUUUCUGGCUAAAAUUUCUGUACAAGACAGCACCCAGUAAUCUAUCUACACUUGACAUUCAGUUAGCAACCUGCAUUGUUCCAGAAAGUUGAAAUAACAAAUUUUGAGUUUAUCCCUCCAUGGACCCUAUGGUGUAGACAUUCUGGUGGGAGAUCCCUCCUCCUCUCCCUCUCACACAGGCGCGGGUAGGGGGAGUGUGGUAUUCUUGCAUCCUCCCUCGUUGGCAGACUGACUUCCUGGUCAGGAAAGGUGACUUCUGUGAAUGGUUCAUCAGUCUCUGUGAUUUCCUUAAGAACCAGCAGGUGCUGUGUCCAGAGCCUUCCCAUCUGUGUACUGGGACAGUGAUAUAUUGGGCUGAGCCUCGCGAAUUCAAUAGAUUUUCUUAUUGCAACCCUCACUGUUUCUCCCGAAGUAAAAACACAAACAGCUUCCCUCCCCUAAACCUCCAAAGUGACCAAUAGUUUUACAUCUCUUAAACUUCUGCCCAAAUAAGAGUAUCAUUCUGAGUUGCAUGGCUGGGACAGUGUUUUCCUACAGUCAGAAUUUACACUCUAAAGACACACACAUCCUGCAGGAAUAUAGUGUCCACUUUCAUUCUGCUCCAGCCCCAAAGAGUCACAUUAGACAUUUUUAAUUUGUAAGCAUCUUUCCUGUCUCUGGGCUCAAAUUCAUGAAGAGCCCUGUCCCCCAGGAGCUCUGCUGAAAAGUGGGGGUGAAGGGCACCUCCAGGGCAGCAGUAGGGCCCCCGUAGGUUGGGACCUCUCCAUGGGGAGGGAACUGUCUUGGGAGAUGUGGGGCCUCUUUACACACACACACACAUGCACACGCACCUUAAGCUGGCCCUUGUAGGUCAGAUUUAGUCUUUAGAACCAAGAGGAAAGAAUGGUACACUUUCUUUUCUGGGCUGAUUCAGAAAGACUGCUAAAUAUAUAGUUAGGAUUGCCAGAUUUUUCCCCAGUUUGGGUUUUACUUUUGUAAUAGCAAAAACUCUUCCCAUUGAAUCGCCUAUCUCUGUCUGGCAGUCAGCCACCUGGUCCUGUUUGCUGAUCUGUUGGUUCAGGCACCCGCCCACCUGUGAUGUGGUGGCCAGAAGUGACUGGAGGGGUGCCAGGCUUCUCCCCCCGCCCUUCAUACCCAAGGCACUGGCACACUCCCCACCAGCAGUGCACCCAUGGAGCUAACGUGCCCCCCCACCUGUCCACUGUGUCUGCUGGGCUUCAUCCAUGUGGCAGGUGAGACAGGUGGGAAUCCCUGCUUUGUCCCCUUGCGCCUGUCCCCAAGCAAGCUGUAAUCCCAGCCAGUGUGGGCUCUUGCCUGACGUGGGGUGAGGCUUAGAGACAGCUGUGAGGACUAGGUAAGAAGUGGGGUCUCUGGGGUGUGGGGACACACCCUAUAGAUGCCUCACCCAGACUUGGAGGCAAGGGCAGGGGCACUGACAAAUGUGCAAAUUUCAGUGCUAGAGAAAACCGGCCUGGCUACAUGCCAGGGCCCAUUUGCCUGACUUGAAUGCCCCUUGUUCGCACAGACACUUAUUUCUUUAUAAGAGCUGAUGGUUCUGUUGGCACCCAAGAGCCAGUGCCACAGAGACAGACAGUGAGGGACCUAGGGGCCAGGGUGCUUGUUCCUCUCUAUGGAGGUGUGCCUGGGCCCACACUGUGGUGGGUUCCUGAGCUGCCAGUACAAGGGAGUCUGGGAAAAGGGUGCGUGGCACUGUGUGUGGAAUUGUUACAGAGUGCAAGCUCAAAAGGAACUGAGUAUGUGUUAUGUGUAAUUGUUUUGUGUAAUUUAAACUCUACCUGUUUGCCAUCAUAAGAGUAUUCUGGGUAAGGCUCCCACGGGAGAGCAAAAUGUACAUUUUGUCAGACUUUUAUGGGACCAUGAAGUGCUUUAUUGAGGCAGUGGUGCAAGAUGCGACACUCCAGAUAGCAUCGUGGUUAUGACGCCUAAUGGAUUUUUAGGGCAAAAAAUGCCACCUCGCUUUCAUCUUCAUCACUAAUCCAGAGCUGUUUUGUGCCCAUUGCUUGAUCAAACCACAGGCUCUCUUCCCAGAGGGACCUGGUGCAGUCAAGGUCCUCGCAGUUACCAAACAGCCCUCGCAGUCAUCCUGUAUGUGUCAGCUGCACAACUCCGGGAGAGGAAGAACGGUACCAACGGAUGUUCUCAGGGUAUCAGCACCUCCAGCAGGGUCAGGAAGCAGGGCUGGGAGAUGCGUUCAGACUUUGUUAACUUGUUAACAAGGCUUAUGAUUUCGUGUUUCUUGACAAAUUUUCUAAGUUUGGGACUUAUUUUCCCAAGUGAGAAGUUAAUAUAUAUUUAAGUUUCCUGCUUCAGUUGUGCCUUUCCGUGUCAAUGGGUUAAAGGAUCACGAAGGGUCAUGUAAUGAGGGUUGGUUUAUUAUCAAACCUGGAUAGCUGUGGCUUCUCCAGUACCUUUUUUCUUCUACUGAAUAUGGAGCCAUUAUUAAAAGAGUUAAGUGUUUUUUAUUAUGUAAAUUGUAUGAUAUUUUUUGGUUGUUUGAUGUUCUAUUUUUCUAAUAGUUUUCUUAUAGUUUCUUAUAAUGUGAUACUAGAUUUAGAUUCUGAUGCUAAUGGCAAAUCAUGUUGGUCUCUACUGGGCCCCUCCAUUUAUUAUGUUUUAUUUUUAUUUUAAGGACUAGUGCAGGUGUUAUCCAUCACCUUUAAAAAAUGUGAAACUGCUCUGUUUUCCCUUUUCGCUGACCACACUGUAAACUGACAACUUCCUACUAUACUUUAUGUUGUAAAAUCAAACUAUUUUGUGGUACAUUAUCUCAUGCUUCUGCAAAUUCUAAUAAAUUCUCUCUAUGGCU